CAAAAGAAACAGCUGGAAUGAAAAAUCAAUCGCAUCAAAAUUUGAGAUAUGAAAUGUAAAUUUAAUAAAACAAGCUUUGAAUUGAGUUUAAAAGCUAUUUUUAGUUGAAUACAAGUUAACAAGUGAGUGCAUUAAAUAAAUUAACUGCAGAAAUAUAAUCUACUGAUACAGUGCGAGUGUAAAAAUCAAUACAAAAGGUGUAGCACUUGUUGCAAGCCAAAAUAAUUGUUUACAAUCGUGUGCUACGAGUCUAAAAACCAAAAGAUAUUGAUUAUACUUCGAGCUAAAAAGCAUUAAAUAACGCGCAUUUUUUUAGACACAAAAUAGCGCUGCUUAACAACUUCGCCGUACUAAUAAAUAGUCAUCAUUGCACAGUGGAAUGCAAUCGCCAUAGCAUUUUACAUAAUUUGCCGUCCUAGACGAAUGCGCAAUGCACACCAUGUCCACCUAAUCUGUUUAUCUACAAGAUAAGCUCUGGCUAUGAAUCUGACGCUUAACACAACAGAAUCUAACAAGCAAUACGAAAACUAGCAAAAAGGAAACCAAAAAACAAGAAGAACGAAAUUAAAACUUUCCAAUCUGCACACAGACAAGUUGUUUUUUGACAAGUGAUACAACUGCGGUGGCAGCUAACCGACAUCUCCCUACUCCUUCAUCCGUGCACUUAUCAACGGAAAUUCAGCUGGGCACCUCCUCAAGUCGAGCAAAGAGUGAAGAGCACCAAAAGAUGGCAAGCGACAACAUUGCCACAACCGACAUCAGCCAGCAAGAAGAGCGGCAACAGGACGACAACUCUCGCAUGGCAAUUGCCGGCUGGCUAGCGACACCAACAGAGCACACAACAACAACAGCUGCGCCGCAACAACAAAAGCACCAGCAAGCACAGGGUUGUGCGGAAAUAUUAGAAGCACUAUUGGGUAUUGCGGUGCAAACGAAAACGGAGAUGACAACGGAGCAGUCAAAAUCAGUGGUAAAACAACAACAGCCGGCACUUGUGGAAUUGAGCCAAAUCGAGUUGAUCUAUCGCGCGGAGGGUAAUGCAAAUUUGGUGCUAGCAUUGCCGCAAUUUAAAAAAGUUUUGCGUCUGCCAAAAACUGCGCUGCCGAGCACCGAGUACAACAACAUUCAAAUUCAAAUUGGUAAUACACAACAGCGGCGGGAUGUGGAAGUGGUCGAUGAAGAGUGGCAGCAACAUCAAGAGCAACGACAACAAUGGCAACCACAACAAACUCCAGAACAAUGGCAAUUGCAACAUCAACAGAAGCAAGAACAAAAACGGCAGGAGGUAGUCAAAAGUGCUUCCGACUCGGCUGUAAAUCAAAAUGCAAGAGACUUGACAAUGGAGGAGUUUGUGGCUUACAUCGAGGUAAUACGAAAUCUGCUUGGCAAUGAAUAUAUAUUCGAGACAGAGAUUGUGCGAAUAGCGAAGGAAGAAGACAAAAGGUGGAUAAACGAGCAGAUUCGUCCGGAUCGGCCAGCUCAUCGCCAGGAUAAAGAAUUUUGUGGGGAAUUCGGUUUGUUGCUGCCAGAUGCUACACGCUUGCCAAUAGCAUUCGAUAUUUUAGUUUCCAAUUUGCAGGCGGAAUUGAUCGGCGUUACGUACGCCAUUGAAAUCAAACCGAAGCAGGGUUGGCUGCUGCCGACUGAUGUCGUUAACAAUUUAUUUGACCUGAAGAAGCCAACGCGAACAAAUACUAUGGCCACGGCGACAGCAACAGCAGCGACAAUAGACGACCAGAAAGUAGCUGGAACAGCAGAAAACAAGGCUAUAAACGCAGACAGCAGCCACGUUACAAGGUGUCGUUUCUGUGCGAUGCAAUAUCUGAAGCUGCGCGCUGGUAAAAUCAACAGGCGUACUUCUUAUUGCCCAAUGAUGCUAUUUUCCGGCGUGCCCGCUAGAAUGCUGGCAGCCUUAGAUGCUCUCCUGCGAUGCCCACAAAAUAAUUUAAGAAUCUUCCGUAACGGAAUUUCCAUAUACGACAGUGAACACCAAUUAUAUGAGGAUUUUGUUGAAAACUAUUUUCCCAGCGGCCAAAUAGAGCUUUUAAAGGAUUUAGUAGUGGCGUGCCUGUUAAGGGACUACACGAACAACAACAACAACAUAGACGACGAGACCAGCAACAGAAGAAGCAGCAGCAGCAGCAGUGGCGUAAGCGAUGACGACGUCGUUGACGUGGGUGGAAUAGCCAAAGCUGUCACUGGUCAGCCACACUUAAAUGCGACUCAGAAAAGCGUAGCACAAACAGAGGCAGAGAGCGAGGAAGAAUAUGAAAUGGAAGGAAGUAAGGUAAUGCCAACACAGCUUAUAGUAGAAGAAGACACCUACACAGUGGCAGCAAGGGCAGCACGCUUGACUGCGAAAGGUUUACCGACGAAGGCGACGACGACGACGAUGAUGGCAAGGACAGCGGCACUGGAGACAACUUCGCAAGCACAAAUCACCGAAGUGGAAACACUGUGCUUACCGAAAAAUUGUGUCCUGCAAAAAGUUUUGCAUCUACAAUUGUUGGCCAAGCGCCAUAUGACCGAUCUGCAUGCUGCCGGCUAUGCGAAUAAGUCGGAAAAAUCAUACAACGCCUUAAAAUCUUUGCUGCAACGUUCACGCAACCAGCCGGUGGCAGCAGUUGAGUUAAAUCCAACGGAAGCAUAUCUACUGGGCGCCACUGCGUUGGACUGCUCUAUUAUGCUGGCUUUUCAGGAAAUUUCACUUUGCAAUCAAGUGCCACCACCACAUUCGCAACCAUCAAACUUAACGAAGUCGCCGCUAUCGAAGCAUUGCGUAGUAAUGCCACGCUACGGCAAAACUUUUCUCACCAAAGUAACACUGGUCGACUUGGAUCCGAAGCCUGAUAGUCACUUGUGUAAAUAUAUUAAGCAGACCAGUCAGGCGCUCAACGUAUUUAUGGAUGGUGGUUCAUGUUGAUCACGAUGUGCAGACGGUGGCCAAGAGAGACACUCAUCACUUGGGUGACUAUUUGUUGAAGAUCGAAAAACGGAAAUACAGAAAAAGUUAACCGCGCGAAAAUGUAAAUAUGCAUUUAUUAACGAUUUACUUGUUUAUACAUGAAUGUAUGAUUGUAUAUUUACAUAUAUAGAGUAUUUGCUCAUAUAUGUACUUGGUACAUAUGUACACAUAUCGUCGUUAAAGUAAAGAACCGCGUUUCAAGUGAUGCAAAACCUCGUAUGUGAGGUUGCCAAAAUUUUAUAGGAGCGAGUAAGUCCUGUCGUAUUUUAACACGGUUCUCUCUUUUAUCCCUAAUCCCACCUUUUAUUUCCAAAUAUCGAUAUUUGGGUGUAAAUAAAUACGGCUUGUUGCCAUUUGCAUGCAUCAUUUUAUAAUACACAACAUGUAGCUUGAAUAAGUAAUUAAAAUAAAUUAAAUAAUAUACUGUAUUGGUAUAAAUUUUUUGUUAUUUAGCUAUCCUUUUUAAGAUAAAGGGAGUAGUUUUACGCUAAGAAAUGUUUUUAAGUUCAAAAAGAUACCUUGUCUUAUAUUAAUAAUAGACUAGUGAACCCGCAUGGCGCUAAAACGCCUAAAUUUAGCUAAAAUUUUUG